AUGUCAUCUUCAACGCCAGAAUCAAGUUCAUCAGAAGGAAGUCGUCAUCGUCGUCAUAAGAAGAAGAAGUCUUCGAUGAAAAAGAAGGACAAGAAGAUAAGGAAACUCAAAAAGGAACUGGAAAAAGCACGGCGUCAUCGUUCGCGUCACAGUUCGACAUCGAACAGCACAGAUUCUCAAUCAUCCUAUGCACGCUCGCGAGAGCGUAGGGCUGCGAGUUCACGGAGAGGAACUCCAGACUCUUCGACAAUGCGAGAUCGUGAUCGACGAACAUCGGGCCGAGAGUCCACUUAUGCCAGAGAAUUGAGUUAUGAGCGUUAUCUGCGAGAAACGCCUUACUCAAAUCCAAGAGCACGCAGAGGGGAUGAGCGCAGCACCAGAGGCUCGCCGUCCCUCUCCAGUAGCCGUAGUAGAUCCAGAAGUCCGCUAGGUAAGCGCCAAUCAAACGAAAUCGACAGUGAAAAAAAUCCAGACACGAGAGGAAAAAAAUCUGAAUCGAACGAAAAAAAUCCGGAAUCAACAGGAAAAAAUUCAGAGUUGACAGAGCAAGCGGACGAGCUAUUGCAGCUACUAGGAGAUGGCGCUAGUGAUAAAGAUCUAGUUAGUGGUGCCAUCCAUCCGUCAAUUGCCAAACUAUGGUCGAAAAUUCUACAGUCUGGAUUACCGAAAGAGAUACAACAAGAAGUGGUUAAAAAUUCAAUGCUGCCGAAAACUGUCGUACAAUGGGUGCGCCGCGCCUUAACCCAGAAAUAA